AUGGCGAUCGGCGGCGACGCGGGGGGAGGGGAUAUGGAUGAGGACGAGGCGAUGAUGAUCAUGAUGGCGGAAGACGAAACGGAUUUGAUUCGGAGAGCGGAGCAGGCGGCGAAGGAAGAGGCCCGGCGGGUAGGACAGAUGGGUCGGCUGCAGCCGCUUUUAGCUAAGUGGCGGCGGCAGCCGGUGACGGAGUUCGACCCUAGAAAAACUGAUAUAGUGUUUCAGCAGCUUGACAUUGACUACUACUUGACAUCUGACUCACCCUUCAAGACUCAUUACAAGAGCUCCGCUGUGCUGCGGAUCUUUGGUGUCAAUGAACAUGGAAACAGUGUGUGCGCUAUGGUGCACGGCUUUCUGCCAUACUUCUAUGUGAUGGCACCAUCGCAAUUUACUUACGAUGAUGUUGCUGCCUUCCACACCCAACUCUCGGAAAGGGGUCAGGCGAAGGGAGUGGUGGUGAUAAGAGUGGAAAUGUUAAAAGCGCAGGGGCUGCUAUACUAUCAAGGCCCCGAUAAGAAGACAUUUCUUAAGAUCACACUCGCUCUGCCCACUAUGGUGGCUCCGUGCAGAGCUUACUUCGAACAAGGCUUUGAGUGGAACGGGUUUCAAUUCCCUGCCACCACCUACGAGAGCAAUGUGCUCUUUGCACUGCGCUUCAUGAUCGACUGCCACGUCACCGGCGGCAACUGGAUCUCGCUGCCAGCUGGCACGUACCGCGUGCGCGAGGACGCGCGGAAGCUGUCAGUGUGCCAGCUGGAGGUUGACAUCUUCUAUACAGACCUUGUCAGCCACGAAGGCACGGGGCAGUGGUCCCGCAUGGCCCCUUUUCGCAUCCUCAGUUUUGACAUCGAGUGCAGCGGGCGCAAGGGGCACUUCCCAGAGCCGCAGCACGACCCAGUGAUUCAGAUCGCCAACAUCGUUUCCCAGCAGGGCAGCAGUGACCCGCUCGUUCGCACCGUGCUCACCCUCGGCUCCUGUGCUCCGAUCGUGGGGUGUGAUGUGGUGGCUUUUGAGACAGAGCAGCAACUCCUGCUUGCAUGGAAGGAGCUCAUCCAGGCAACAGACCCCGACAUGAUCAUCGGAUACAACAUUCAGAAGUUUGAUCUGCCCUACUUGAUUGAGAGGGCAGAGAAGCUGAAUCUGAAGACCUUCCCGUUCCUCGGUCGGAUCCUCAACACCCAGCUCAAGAUGCGCGAUGCUCGCUUUCAAUCCAGGCAGUACGGCACAAGGGAAACCAAGGAGGUGACUCUGGAUGGGCGAGUGCAAUUUGAUCUGCUGGUGGCCAUUCAGAGAGAGCACAAGCUUAGCUCUUACUCCCUCAACUCCGUCUCUGCUCACUUCCUCAACGAACAGAAGGAGGACGUGCAUCACUCCAUCAUUGCCGACCUUCAGAACGGCGAUGCCCAAACGCGACGCCGCCUGGCCGUGUACUGCCUGAAAGACGCGUACCUGCCGCAGCGGCUGCUGGAGAAGCUCAUGAUGGUCUACAACUACGUUGAGAUGGCGCGUGUGACUGGCGUUCCCAUCUCCUUCCUGCUUGCUCGAGGGCAGAGUAUCAAGGUGCUCUCUCAAAUCCUACGCAAGGCGAGGCAGCGAGAGUUGCUGGUGCCCAACAUGAAGGUUCAGGCGGGGGCAGGAGCAGAUGCAACAUAUGAGGGGGCGACGGUGCUGGAGCCGAAGCAGGGGUUCUAUGAACGGCCUGUUGCCACUCUUGACUUUGCAUCGCUGUACCCGUCGAUUAUGAUGGCCCACAACCUCUGCUACUGCACUCUGGUGCAGAAGGAGCAUGGCAUCAGGCCACCAGACGACCAGAUAUCGCAAACUCCCACAGGAGAUCUCUUUGUCAAGGCAUCUGCAGCCAAGGGCAUUCUGCCAGAGAUUCUGGAAGAACUGCUGGCAGCAAGGAAGAGAGCAAAGGCUGAUCUCAAGGUUCCUUCUAGUCUCCUCGUCGUGAAGGCAUCAGCCGCCAAGGGCAUUCUGCCAGAUAUAUUGGAAGAGCUGCUGGCAGCGAGGAAGAGAGCAAAGGCUGAUCUCAAGAAAGCCACGGAUCCACUGGAGAAAGCAGUGCUGGACGGCCGACAGCUGGCACUCAAGACUACAGCAUCACAGGGGCCACUGUCGCUGCAUUAUCAUGCCUCUGCUUUGCAUGCUUCUGCUCAUUUUCUUCCCCCUCCCAUCAGCCUCACCACAGGUGAGUGCCAACUCGGUCUACGGCUUCACAGGGGCCACUAUCGGCGCUCUGUCAUGCCUCUACUUUCCAUGUGUCCGCUCAUUCCCUUCGACCUUUACUCCGUGGUUCUCCUCUCUUCCCCCCCUUCAUCACAGGUGAGUGCCAACUCUGUCUACGGCUUCACAGGGGCCACUAUCGGCGCUCUGCCCUGCUUGGAGAUAUCAUCCAGUGUUACUGCCUACGGGCGGCAGAUGAUAGAGCACACGAGGGCGUUUGUGGAGCAGCACUACUCCAUCGCCAACGGUUACUCGCACAAUGCGGAUGUGGUCUACGGCGACACGGAUUCGGUGAUGGUGAUGUUUGGCGUGGACACUGUCGAGGAGGCCAUGCGCAUGGGCAGGCAGGCGGCAGAAGAAAUUUCUGACACCUUCCCCAAGCCAAUCAGGCUGGAGUUUGAGAAGGUGUAUUUCCCGUACCUGCUGAUCAACAAGAAGCGCUACGCGGGGCUGUACUGGUCCAACUCCAAGGCCUUUGACAAGAUGGACACCAAAGGCAUUGAGACGGUUCGGAGAGACAACUGCUUGUUGGUCCGCCAGGUGGUGGAUGAGUGCUUGCGGAGGAUACUCAUGGAGCGGGAUAUUCCUGGAGCAGUGGCAUAUGUGAAGGCUGUUAUCUCAGAUCUUCUUAUGAACAAGCUCGACCUCUCGCUGCUGGUGAUCACCAAGGCGCUAACCAAGGGAGGUGACGACUAUGCAGUCAAGGCGGCCCACGUUCAGCUAGCAGAGAGGAUGCGCAAGCGUGACCCCGCCACAGCACCAGGCAUUGGGGAUCGAGUGGCGUACGUCAUUUGCAAGGCUCCAAAGGGCAGCAAGGCAUACGAGAAGUCUGAGGACCCCAUCCAUGUGCUGGAGAACAACAUACCCAUCGACCCGCACUACUACCUUGAAAACCAACUCAGCAAGCCACUGCUGAGAAUUUUCGAGCCCAUUCUGAAGAACGCAAGCAAGGAGCUGCUGAGCGGGGCGCACACGCGUGCCGUUUCCAUCUCCACGCCUUCGACAGGUGGCAUCAUGCGAUUCGCCAAAGUCCGCCUCUCCUGCCUCGGCUGCAAGACGCCCCUCAGUGGAAAUUCCCAGACGCUGUGCGUGCACUGUAUGGAUCGAGAAGGCGAGAUUUACCAACGGAUCACAUCCACUGUGCGGGAGUGUGAGGAGCAGUUUGGAAGGCUAUGGGUGGAGUGCCAGCGAUGUCAGGGCAGCUUGCACCAAGACGUGCUCUGCACCAGUCGGGAUUGCCCCAUAUUCUAUCGGAGGAAGAAAGCACAGAAGGAUGUGGAGGAGUCGCACGCUCAACUUGCAAGAUUCGACUUUUGA